AUGGCACAGACUAAUACACUUGUCUUGGCUGACGCCCUCUCAUCGUUGCCCCAAGUCCCAACUUCUCAUCAACAACUCCGCACUCAAACACGCUCCAAUAUCAAAAACCCCUCUUCACCAGCUCCAGUGCUAGUUAUCCUCGAUGAUGACCCAACAGGAACACAAACAUGUCACGACAUCACUAUCCUAACAGUCUGGGAUGUCCAAAACCUAGUGUCGACAUUAAAGCAGGUCGGGACAGGCAAUGGCUUCUUCAUCCUCACCAAUUCACGUGCCCUUCAUCCCCAGCAAGCACGUGAUCUCAUGAUCGAGAUCUGUACCAAUUUAAAGACGGCCGCUCAAGAGACAAACCUCUCGUACGAAAUUGUGCUACGCGGUGAUUCUAUCUUGAGAGGUCACUUCCCGCUGGAGCCUGAGGCCGUGGAGCAUGUGAAUGGCGCGUUUGACGCGUGGAUUCUGUGCCCGUUCUUCCUCCAGGGCGGACGAUACACCAUAAACGAUAUCCACUACGUUCAUGAGGGUGAUCAGCUCAUCCCUGCAGCUGACACGCCUUUCGCGAAAGAUGCUACUUUUGGAUAUAAGAGCUCCAAUCUUCGCGACUACGUUGUGGAGAAGUCCAAGGGGAAAAUCCCGCAUGACAAUAUCGACUCCAUUGAUCUGGAGACUAUCCGUGUUGGCGGUCCCGAUGCAGUUUUAAAAAAGAUCAUGCAGCUUCCAACGCGAAACGACACCCCUGUUGUGCUGGUCAUCAACGCGGCAGCUGAUGAGGACAUCGACGUUGUCGUCACUGCUCUUCUCCAAGCGUCGCAGCAAGGAAAGAAGUUCCUGUACCGAACAGGUGCUGCUUUUGUCUCAGCACGUCUAGGUAUCUCAUCCAUCCCGCCACUCUCAGCAGGACAGCUCGGGUUAUCCAAAAGUGUUGGUGGUCUUAUCAUCGCGGGUUCAUAUGUACCCAAAACCACCGCGCAAUUGGACUCUCUGGUUCAAAAGUCGGGAAGUAACCUGACGACGAUUACGCUCAACGUAAAAGCGCUCCUCAAAUCCGACGAGGCCGCGAAAGAAGAUGUCGCAAAGGCAAUUGACCUUGCAUCACAGCACAUCAGGAACGGGCAGGACGUUCUAGUCAUGACAAGCCGGGAGCUCAUCGUUGGCAAAGACGAAAUUGAGAGUUUGGAUAUUGGCUCAAAGAUUGCGCUGGCACUGGUGUCGUUCUUGCAGGGACUAGAACAGAAGCCUCGAUACAUUAUCGCCAAGGGCGGAAUUACAUCUUCGGACAUGGCGACGAAAGGAUUGAGGAUGAAGCGUGCCCUUAUUGUUGGCCAAGCUGCACCUGGAGUUCCGAUGUGGCGAUGCGAUGAGCCAGAGUCGAAGUGGCCAGGGCUAAACUAUGUUGUUUUCCCUGGAAAUGUUGGGCACAAUGAUAGUUUGUAUGAGGUCGUGAGGCAGUGGAGAGAGAUUGAGUAG